AUGCAGCAAUUUAGAGCUCUGUCCGGUCACCGUUUUGGUCACGUCUAUCCCGGAAAGUACCAACAACCCACAAUCUAUCGAAAGGACUAUUAUCUGUCUCAUUAUUACGACCGUCCGAGUCAUGACCUUGAUCCUGAGAAGUAUCUUCAACUCGAAACAGAGUACAGAGAACGCUCGCCUAUAUUGAACGUAAUCAUAUCACAUCCUGGCUUCGUUCCGCCGACGGGCUAUGCUGCCGCCCACUCAGAGAAUUCCUUCCAUCAUGCUCCCACUGAAGAUGAAGAUUGGAGCAACAUGUCAUCCAAAGAGGCACAUGACGCUCCGAAGAGAACGCUUGGAGUAGAGUCUAAGUUCGUCCCCGCUAUUCUUCUGCUGGCUUACAGUUUUACAGAAGACAGGAGUAUGAAUGACAUCGGAACAGAGGGGCGACAUAUCCCUCCCACGUCGAGUACGGAUCUGCUAGACAAUCUUCCUAAGGUGAACAAUCCUGUCGGCCAUGGCUAUAGGGGUUUGCAUGAGACUCCACCUCUUAGAUUAGCGUGA